GGCAAGGCAGGAGCACGGCACGUCGGGGCGCAGCGCUGCAAGGAACUGCACUACAUCCCCGAGAAAAUAGGUGCUCUUUAUGGCAUGUGGCUGGUAACUUUUUUCCUGCUGUACUCUUUGCAGAAAGCACACACUGAAGAUGUUGGAACCAGUCUCUACUUUGUGAACGACUCUAUCCAGCAGGUGACCUUCUCCAGCACAGUCGGGGUGGUGAUCCCCUGCCCUGCAGCAGGGUCACCCAGCGCCGCCCUUCGCUGGUACCUCGCCACAGGGGACGACAUCUAUGAUGUACCGCACAUCCGGCAUGUCCAUGCCAAUGGGACUUUGCAACUCUACCCCUUCUCGCCAUCAGCCUUCAAUAGCUUUAUCCACGACAAUGACUACUUCUGUACCGCGGAGAACUCGGCAGGCAAAAUCAGGAGCCCCAAUAUCCGCGUUAAAGCAGUUUUCAGGGAACCUUACACCGUCCGGGUGGAGGAUCAGAGGUCCAUGCGUGGAAACGUGGCUGUCUUCAAGUGCCUCAUCCCUUCUUCAGUGCAGGAAUAUGUUAGCGUUGUGUCCUGGGAGAAAGAUACUGUUUCAAUCAUCCCAGAGUGAAGACUGGAUUCGCUUCUACAAAAACAGGGUCUUUGUUUUGACUUCUUGUGACCCUUUGAUUCCAUCCUAA